GAGGCUACCACGCUUGCGUCAGCCAUGAAAAGCGGAAGCGGAAGACUGGACGCCUCGCUGGGCACCUCAGCAACCAGUAGCCAUGCGCGGCUUGGAGAAGCCAGGGCCUCGGCCUACAGCGAACUUGUGCGGCUGCGUGAAGCCGGCUCUGGAGACAGGGAAUAUUUUAACUGAGCCAAUUGGCUACUUGGAAUCCUGUUUCUCAGCCAAGAAUGGUACUCCAAGACAGCCAUCCAUUUGUAGCUAUUCUCGAGCCUGUUUGAGGAUUAGAAAGAGCAUCUUUAAUAAUCCUGAACAUUCCCUGAUGGGCCUGGAACAGUUUUCUCAUGUUUGGAUUUUGUUUGUUUUUCACAAGAAUGGUCAUUUGAGCUGUAAGGCAAAAGUGCAGCCGCCUAGGCUGAACGGUGCGAAGACUGGAGUUUUUUCCACAAGGAGCCCUCAUCGCCCCAAUGCAAUAGGAUUGACUCUGGCCAAGCUGGAAAAGGUAGAAGGUGGAGCUAUAUACCUUUCUGGAAUUGACAUGAUACAUGGCACACCCAUACUAGACAUCAAGCCCUAUAUAGCUGAGUAUGACUCACCACAAAAUGUGAUGGAGCCUUUAGCAGAUUUUAAUUUACAGAAUAAUCAACAUAAACCAAAAACUGUGCCCCAGUCUGACGGCAAGACUGACAGCUGUGACCAGCGACAGCUCUCAGGGUGUGAUGAGCCACAACCCUACCAUGGCACUAAGGAGAAACCUAAAUGUCCUGAAGACAGGACUUCAGAAGAAAACUGCCUGACACAUAGUGACACAGCACAAAGUCAGCAGGCAUUCCCUAUGCACAGGGAGAUCACAGCGGAUUUUGGUUUGGAAUCAAGAAGUGAUCAGAGUUCCAGCGUGGCAGAAGAGCAAAUUGGCCCAUAUUGCCUGGAGAAGAGCUUUUUAGAGGAAGGUACAGAUAAGAAGCUAGAAAGAGUGGAAGGAGCAGCAGUCCUGCAAGGAAGCAGGGCGGAGACACAGCCUAGGGCUCCUCACUACCCUGCUGGAAGGGCUGAUGGAGCUCUCCACAGCGUGGUUCCUGCCUGGGUGAGAGAGGCCCCUGUGGCCACUUUGGAAGUGCGGUUUACUCCUCAUGCUGAGAUGGACCUUGUGCAGCUCAGUUCACAAGGUGAGCCAGAUGUUGGUCAGGCAUCAUUUAAAUAUUUUCAGUCAGCCGGGGAAGCGAAGCGUGCCAUUGAGGCUGUGCUGUCAGCGGACCCUCGGUCUGUGUACCGCCGGAAGCUUUGCCAGGACCGCCUGUUCUACUUUACUGUAGACAUAGCGCAUGUCACUUGCUGGUUUGGUGAUGGUUUUGCAGAGGUUCUGAGGAUCAAGCCGGCUUCUGAGCCUGUUUAUAUGACUGAGCCUGUGGGGUCCUUGGUGUCUCUAGGGUCUUAAGGAGCCUCUGUCAUGUCUUUAAGAUAGCAUCAUUUAUCUUUGGUUGUGGCUUUUGGAUUUUCUGAAGAAGCUAAUGUACCGAGAAGCAACACUUUGUGAUCUCGCUGCUUUCAUUGAUUUGGGCUGUUCAAAAUGUUUAUUUGAAAAAUGCAUACUUUAAUAAACUAAGAGAUAGAAAAUACAGAGAAAUCA